AUGAGCGCGAGUGACCAUCCCUCCGCGUCGUACUCCUCUGCUGUGUCUGCCGUGUUGCAAAUCGGCCCAGCUAUAGCCAGGGAGGCACCCCCCAGCUUAGCGAACUCUAUCGGCGUGUUGUUUAUUGGCAGCCUGAUCUGUCUUCAUAUGUUCGGCAUGGCCACUGUACAGAGCCAUACGUAUUAUAAUGCUUAUCCUCAAGAUACACUCUUCAUGAAGAGUUUCGUCGCAUUGCUCUGGGUCCUGAGCGCCUUGCAAUGUGCAUUCCUCUGCCAUUCCUCUUAUCAUUAUAUGAUAACUAACUAUGUCAACCCUUUCGCCCUUGAGACAUCGGUUUGGUCACUGGACCUUAGUGUUCUGACCACGGCAGCUGUGGGUUGCAUCUGUCAGGCUUUCUUCAUAGUCAAGGUCUGGAUUCUCGGCAAAUCUUUCAUCGUCACCGGAACCUGCGUCGUUCUGUGCGUUGUAGAGCUCGUAUUCGGCGUAGUUCUAGCCUAUGGUGCCCUCCACAUUCGCCAGUUCAAUAUGUACGAGGCCCGAUAUGGCUGGUCUAUACGAACAGGGCUAGCCGUAGCAGCCACUGCCGACGUAUGCAUCGCCAUGGCCCUCGUGUUCUUCUUGCGAAGGCAUCGUACCCAUUUCAGGCAUACGGAGCAACUGAUACAGCGGACAUUAUUCUUCACAAUAGAAACAUGCGUUGUUACUUGCAUGGUCACACUCGCUUCCCUUAUUUGCUUUAUCACAAUGCCAGAGAACUGUGAGAUUAUUGACCCGUCCAUGCAAGCAGUUCAUAACUUCCUUUUGCCAUUCAGUCAUUUUUCUGGCGUUGUAUUUUCUGGUUGCGAAAGUCUAUACCAACUCGGUCCUCACAUCCUUGAAUGUCCGUCAAACGUUACGGGAUCAUUCGAGGGCCCGAAGUACGACAUCAGAAACAACGCGUUACGGAGGACGGCAGAGCACAAGCAAUCGUUCCGCCCCCAGCGAUACCACGUCUACAAGGCGGAAAGUACACACGAAGCGCAUGCUCUGUCGGCCUUGCGGAGCGAGCAAACUAAGGCUCCCGAGAUCCAAUCGUACGACACGGGAGCUUCGUAACCAGUAACGCUUAGACUGCUCCCUGAUCACGGAGCAUUUUCUGCAGCCUGCGGCGUCUAAGUACGUCUUGACACGUAUGCACCUACCGGGGCCUUCCUGAGAGAUGUAUAUGUCGUACGAGUCAAUAGGUUACAAUG